AUGUCAAGGGCCAGAAAAUUAGCCGGAAUACAGGAACCUGACAUAUCACAUGAUAAAAAUGAUAAAAAUUAUCAAAAAGUUGAUGAUUCUUUAAUUAAAAAAAAGCCAUUGAAACUUGCAUCAAUAGAAAUAAAACCAUCACCAAAAUUAUUACCAAAUGAUAUUAAUAACGCUGGAAAUUAUAACGUUGAUAUUAAUAAUAUUAAUGAAGAAGGAGAAGAAGGAAAACAAAAAUUAUCUAGACUUAAAGAACUUGGAGGAACUAAAAGGAAAAGAACGGUUCCGCCAGAAAUAAUAAAAUCUGUAUUAAAUAAUAUGUUUAGUCUUCCUAAUCAACCUAAUCAACCUAUACAUCAAAAAUUAAAAAUGACAAGACAAGAAGAAACAUUAGACCCUUUAAUUGUGGAGCAUUUAAAAACAUUAGUUUUUGAUCAAGCGCCUUUACCUUCUAUUAAAGAACCAAUUGAAACUAAAGAAUCUGGACACAUGUCUUUACCUUCUGAUAGAGAAACAAUGGAAACAAAAGAAUCUGAACAAGUUUCUUUACUUUCUAAUAGAGAAACAAUGGAAAAUAAAGAAUCUGAACAAGUUUCUUUACUUUCUAAUAUAGAAACAAUGGAAACCAAGGGAAAAAAUGAAAAUGAAAAUGAAUUAUUAAAGAUUAAUGAAUUAGAAAAUUAUGAACAAGAUUCUUUACAGCAACAAAAGACCACUAACGCUGCACAAGUUGAUAAACCAAAGAGGAGUAAACGCAUGUCACCAUUGUUUAUUCAACCUGCAGUGAAAUUACCAAAAAUUAUGGGGAAAUUUGAACAACCCAAUAAUCCCAAGUUAUUAAAAAUUUCAGUGAUAGGAACACCUAAUGCUGGUAAAUCGACUUUAUUGAACUCUUUAUUGGGCGAAACUGUAUCAGUAGUAUCAGAUAAAGCUCAUACAACCCGAGAAAGAAUUUUAGCAGUAUUAACGGAAAAAAAUACACAAAUAAUAUUUUUGGAUACACCUGGCACAAUUACUGGCCGAAAUAAAGCUAGAUUAAAUCGUGGAGUUGUAAACGCGUCAUGGCAAUCUUUACUUGAAGUUGAUCAUGUUUUAGUAAUAAUAGAUGCAUUUAGAGCAGCAAAUCAUACUACUUACAAUGAAGAAUGUUUACUUAAAAGAUUAAAAGAUUAUGAAUUACCUGCUACCUUGAUAUUAAAUAAGAUUGAUUUAUUGCCACAAGCAAAGAAUUCAAAUAUAAUACAAAAUUUAUUUAGAAAAUUCAAAGUUCAAUAUCCAUACUUCAAAGAUUUUGUUAGUAUUUCUGCAUUACAAAAGCAAGGAGUAGAUAAAUUGAAGGAAAUUCUAUUUACUUAUUCACGUGAUCAAGAAUGGGUAUAUCCUUCAGGAAUCAAAACUGAGAUGGCGGAUUUAAGAAGAGUCGAAGAUUUAAUUAGAGCGGAGUUAUUAACUGCUUUACGUAGUUAUUUACCUUAUUCUAUUAAGCAGGAAAAUGAAGGUUGGACAUUACUUUCUGAUAAUACAUUGAGAAUAGAUCAAACAUUAUAUGUUGAACGUGAAUCUCAGCAGAGAAUUUUAGUAGGAAAACAGGGGAAAAUCAUCAAAUCAAUAACCUUAAAAGCUAACAAAGCAAUGGUAGAAGCAUUCAAGAGACCUAUUAGAUUAUAUAUAAAUUUAUUUGUAUUAUUGGUUAAAGAUGAAAAACCUGAUUGGAUAUUUUGCAUAUCUUUAUGA